AUGUCCAUCACGCAAGCAACGCUUCUUCUACCUCCGGAAGCUCACAUCAAGACCUCAACAACCUCAUCCAAUCCCGACAAUCCCCAGAUCCAACAAGACAUCCAACUGAGCAACAUCAACAUCCGACAGAAUGACCUCGUCCCUAACCCUCCUCCGCCCGCCGGCCUCCCAGAAGAACAAGGCACACCCGCCCAUCCGAUAUCCCAAGGCAUCCCCCCCGAACUGGCCAACCUCCUCUCCGAAGUCAUCUUUGUCCUCGUCUGCACCGCCGGACAGGUCAUCUUCUCGCUCACCAUGGGCCAAGUCUCCGUCACGCAGUUCGUCUUCCGAGAAGCACUGGGCAUGCUCCCCGCGCAAACCCCCUGGCUCAUCGGGUCCUCCGCGCUGGCAAGCGGGCUCUCCGUCAUUGUAUUUGGUCCGCUGGCUGAUCUUGCUCCUCCGAAGCCGCUCAUGGUCGGGGCCUUUCUGUGGGAAGCCGUCUGGAACGGCGUCACUGCUGCGGCCGUCUCCCCGGAGCUCAAGGUGCUCUUUUUCGUGGCGAGGGCCAUGCAGGGUCUUGCGGUGGGCGUGCUGGUGUCUGCCUCGAUGAGUAUCCUUGGACGCGUGUAUAACCCCGGCAUCCGCAAGACGCGCGUCUUCUCGAUGAUGGCCGCGGGAGCUCCCUUUGGGUACUGGAUCGGAUGCGUUCAGGGAGGCCUCCUCAGCGCGCAUCUCCCCUGGAUCUUCGGCACGACGGCGAUAUUCCUGGCGGCGUGCGCUGUGGCGGCGUACUUUACGAUACCGGAUCUGCGUCCCGCGGUGGACGGCGGUUCGUCCGCGGAAAGGCCCUCGGUGAGACAGUUUGACUAUAUCGGUGCUCUGCUUGCGUCGCUGGGAUGCGGACUGGUCUUGUUUGGGCUCACGCAGGGGUCUGCGGUGCAGUGGAGCGCGUAUACGUAUGUUUCUGUGAUUCUCGGGCUGCUGAUGCUCGUUGGAUUUCACUUUGCGGAGAGGAGGGUGAAGAGACCGCUUAUACCCAGUGGGCUGUGGAGGACGCCUGGAUUCAUUGCGGUCUUGGUGUCGUAUGUCUUUGGCUUCGGAGCUUACACCGGUGCCUGGCAAUUCUAUGCCAUACAGUUCUGGCUUCGUUAUCAAGGCGCAUCUCCUCUCACAGCAGCAUUGUACAUCCUGCCCAACGGCAUCGUCGGCGUCCUCGCAGCAUGGGUCGUUUCCAAGACGCUCCACGUUGUGCCAGGGCACUGGAUCCUAGCCAUCAGCAUGGUAUGCUUUGGUCUCGGACCAGUCUUCUUCCUCCCCCAAACACCAGGCUCGUCAUACUGGAGUCUAUCAUUGCCGGGCGUAGCUCUGGCCACUUUGGGGCCUGAUCUGAGCUUUGCCGCGGCGACCAUCUUCGUCACUUCGAGCGUCCCGAGGUCGUAUCAGGGCUCAGCGGGGAGUCUGUUGGUCACGGUGCAGAACUUGACGCUGGCGAUUGCCGCGUCUGUGUUUGGGUCCGUUGGGAUCAAGAUUGGGAUGCUGCCUGAUGGGGAGGUUGGACUAGAGGGGAUGAGAGCCAUCUGGUGGUUUGGGCUUGGUUCCGCCUUGCUGGGCGCUUUGAUAACAAUUACAAUGGUGCGGAUUCCCAAGGCGGAGGAGAAGGAGCAUGUGCAGUAG